AAAAGUAAAUAUUAAUAGAUCGGAUAUAAAAAAGUGCUACCGUGUUUUGGCCAAGGCACGCAAUGAUAGUCCUCCUGCAGUUCUCGUGAACUUCGGUAGUGAUAUGGCUCGUGUUUCGGUACUAAAAGGUCGCAAAAAUUUGAAAAACAGUAAUAUAUUUAUAAAGGAAGAUUUAACUAAAAAUCGCCUUUUUCUACUUAAUAAGGCCAUUGACUUGUUUGGUGUCAAAAACGCAUGGGUCCUGAAUGGAGUUAUUUAUACUAAGUUUAACAAUAAAGUGCAUCGUAUACCUAGUGAAAGUGACUUAAUUAAAAUAAAGUCUGCUUAGCUUAAUAAUGGACAGUAAUUUAAUACGUUUUGUUAUUGUUAUCAAUACUCAUGCAAUUUCGAUUUUCGAACGUGCCCUAGAAAUAAACGAUAUAACUGGCGAGUUCGACGCGUGUACGUCCUCUCACAUGGUGGGAGGGAGGCAUCUGAGCAAAUCCGCUUCCGAACUGAGUAGCCCCAGGGAAAUGCCGGAGGUGAGACCUCGUUCUGCGGCUCCACCUGAGCACUCACAUAUUUCGGUGUAUCAGAAGGCUCAUAGUUUUUUCGCUCAACUUAAGACUCGUUUGGGACACAGUAGUAAACGCGGCGACAAGCGACAUAAAUCCCCCGGUAGGCAAGAGUCUUCCGAUUACGCGGCUGAUUUGUCCAGUGAACACAGCACUCCCAGUACAGCCAGUCCCAUUAGGCAUAGGACGAAUUAUACUAGAACCGCAGACUCUCCGCUAAGUAGAACUUGCGCAGAAACUAACAGCUCUCCAGGGGGAUCUCCAAAACCGCGUGCACCAACUCCAGGCGCAGUGGCAGGUCUCGAUUUGCUACCUCUUAGUUCUACUGAUGAAGUCACUAGGAGACGAGAAGCUGCAUUGCGGCAGCAUUCAUUUUUCCAGCUUAGGAUUUACUUGCGCAGAGGACAUGGGUUGGUAGCGAUGGAUAAAAAUGGUCUAAGUGACCCCUACGUAAAAUUUAAAAUAGGCGGUAGAUUAGUUUACAAAUCCAGAACAAUUUAUCGAGAUCUAAACCCAACUUGGGAUGAGAGUUUUACUGUUCCCAUUGAAGACCCAUUUCUUCCAAUUACUAUUAAAGUAUUCGACUACGAUUGGGGAUUACAAGACGAUUUCAUGGGUUCGUCUAUAUUAGACUUAACUACUUUAGAAUUGAAUAGAAGCAACGAAUUAGCGUUAGCAUUACAGGAUCCGUCCAGGCCGGAUUUCGAUUUGGGAGAAAUAUUUAUUUCGGCCACACUGUAUCCGAAAAGUCAAGAAGAUAAAGAACAGUACUUCCAAAAAAAUACCAGAAGUCAAGACGUAAAUAAAAGACUUAAAUCGCAAAUAUGGAGCUCAGUUGUCACGAUUGUCUUGAUUGAAGGUAGGAAUUUGUUGGCGUGUGAUCCUGAAACUGGCACUUCCGAUCCUUAUGUUAAGUUUAGAUUAGGUAACGAAAAAUACAAAAGUAGGACUAUAUGGCGAUCGCUUAAUCCGCGUUGGUUAGAGCAAUUGGAUCUUCAUCUUUAUGACGACGGUGAUCAGCAGUUAGAGAUUACGGUAUGGGAUAAGGAUAGGACCAAAGAUGACUAUAUUGGGCGGUGUGUAAUAAAUCUAAUGGAUAUGGAAAGGGAGAAAACAUACAAUAUAUGGCAAGAGUUAGAAGACGGCGCAGGAUCUCUUCAUCUUUUAUUAACCAUCAGUGGUACGACUGCAUCUGAAACAAUUUCGGAUUUGACUAACUAUGAGGAGAAUUACCGGGAAAAAGAAAAUAUUUAUAAUAGAUAUCUUUGGCACAGGACUUUUCAUAAUCUGAAAGAUGUGGGCCAUCUCACAGUAAAAGUAUAUAAAGCUACCGGAUUGGCUGCUGCAGAUAUAGGUGGGAAAAGUGAUCCCUUUUGUGUAUUAGAAUUGGGCAACGCCAGGCUACAAACUCAAACCGAAUACAAGACUCUUACGCCUCAAUGGAAUAAAAUAUUCACUUUUAACGUCAAAGAUAUAAAUAAUGUAUUAGAAAUUGUUGUAUAUGAUGAAGAUAGAGAUCACAAAGUCGAAUUUUUAGGAAAAGUGGCAAUUCCAUUACUACGAAUCCGUAACAGUGAGAAGCGUUGGUAUGCCUUGAAAGAUAAAAAAUUGAGAACAAGAGCAAAAGGAAACUCUCCACAAAUUUUGUUAGAGAUGAAUUUAGUUUGGAAUCCGAUUAGGGCAUGUAUUCGAACUUUAAAUCCUAAGGAAGAAAAGUUUAUGCAAACAGAAGUUAAAUUUAAAAGACAAGUUUUCGUGCGGAACGUUCUGAGACUAAAAGUUUUUGUCAUGCAUUUCCUAGAAAUUGGAAAACUAGUUCAAGAUUGUUUUGAAUGGGAAUCAAAAUUCCAAAGCUUCAUGGCCUUAGUGGCUUGGCUUCUUUUAUGCUACUACUUCCAACCCUGGAUGAUUCCCGUUGGUCUUUUAUUGAUUUUCAUGAAACAGUACGUAAUAAGAUCAUUAUCCGCACCUGCACCAGUUCCUUGGGACGAAAUCGCCGAAUCUGAUAUUGACGAGGAAGACGAAGAUGAGAAAGAAAAAGAAGAGAAGAAGAGCUUAAAAGAACGGUUGCAGGCUAUCCAAGAAGUCACACAAGGGGUUCAAAACGCCAUUGGAAAAAUUGCUUCGUUAUUAGAAAGUCUGAAGAAUAUGUUCAACUUUACGGUGCCAUAUCUAUCAUGGAUCGCCAUCUGGUUGCUGGUUUUAGCAACAUUUGUUUUAUAUUUGAUCCCCAUCAGGUUCCUGUUAAUGAUGUGGGCAACCAAUAAAUUUCUUAGGCGGAUAUUUCGACCUCAUGUGGUUCCGAACAAUGAAAUCCUGGAUUUGUUAUCUAGGAUACCUGAUGAUGAAAUGCUGACGUACAUAAAAUUAUUGGGCGUCGGACUAUCGUCCCACCUGGGUAGACUGUCAGUGAUACGAUGGUACUUGCAGCUGGACUAUAAGGACUUGAAAUUACUGACUAGUCCUGAAGCGUCAUCAUCGGGUGCUGGCGACCAUCGACGAACGCAUCCGAAGAAGAAACAUAAAAAUUCCUAGUGGAGCGAGCGAGUGCUCGCCAAUGUACGCACGCGUUGGAAGAGAAGUUUUGAUAAGUCUGAGUAGAUUUUUUAAAGUUUAUUAGUAAUUGCUUAAAAUAAUGCAAGAGUCAAUUUAGUUUGGAAGCAUACGUUUUUGUUAGAAUCAAACGAUCUACUUUAGUUUUAAUAAUUUACAAUAGAGCACAUUAUUGCAAAGCGAAAGCAACUGGGUUUUUAGUGUUAUCACUGGAGAAAGAAAUAUUUCAAAGUAUUUUUAUUGUAUUUUUUUUAAAUUAAAAUAUAUUGGACAUUUAGACGUUUUACAGAAUGCAGAAUACAGAAUUUUAAUUUACUAAGCCAUUAAUUCUAUUCCACUUACCUUCGCCAAGUAGAUAAGACUUAAAGUGAAAUAAACUUAUUUUAGUAACAAGCAAUAAAUUUUUUACAAAAUUGUAAAAAUUUCUAUAUUUGUAUGUAAAUAACAUGUAAUAAAACAAAUAAAAAUUAAGAGUUAUUUAGAAACGAACAAACAUAUGUUGCCAUAACAGAAACAUCCAAGGAAUGACCGUAUUUUUCCACCCAUGUGGGAGAAAUUUUUCUGGCAGCGACGAUAUUGCCUCUUUUAACGUUUCUAUGACAUCCUGUGGGGGAUGUUUCUUCGACAUUUUAGAAUGUCGAAUGUAUGUUUCUAAUAGAUGAUAUAUUUAUUACGGAAAUAUAGCACAAACGUUUUAAAUAUUUAAAAAAAUUAAAUGUAUUUUAUACGGUCUUUUAUUAUCGAUUACAUAACAAAUAUUAUACCUUAAUAAUAUUAUAUUAUAUACAAAUAUAUAAAUUAACAAAAAGGCAAUAACAGAAUAUAAAAUUCUUGAAAAUGAUACUCUAUGGAUAUGUACUAAGAGGAAAUAAAACAAAAACUGUUAUUUUGGAUUUAGUUCAAGAAGUAGGCUACGUAGACUACGUAUAUAACUUAAUAUUGAGGUGAAAGUACUGUUAGUAUUAUUGUGAAUAAUGAAGUAUAAAAAUUAUGUUUACUUAAAUCCUGCUUUGUGUCAUCUUUAUACAAUUUUUGGGCCUUACUGGAGCUUUUCUUAGCCAACCUUCCAUUUUAAGCUCAGUUCCUCUCUUAUUUUUUGAAAUGCCUGCUUUCGCAUCUAAAAGCAGUUAAAAUUCAAAACUAACUAGUAGAUAACUCGGUAAAUAAUAAAUUCUUAAUUUCGAUAUAUGACCUUAAAAUUUAUCCAAACUGACUGACAGAAUAGCGACCGAAACACAAAAACAUUAGUAGAUAUAUCUACUCAGAUAGUUUAGCAGAUCUAAAGGCUUUUGAGUUCAACACAUGAACAUCUCCAAAAAGUGCCAGGUAUAGUUAACAGAAUCUUUGUCAUAUAAGGGACAAAUUAAACUUAAAGGGAAUGAAGCAGCAGAUAUGCGAAAGAAAUUUGGUAAAAAAAACACAGAAUCCUGCCUUGUGCUUUGUAUGCAAUACAGUAGAACUUGGUUAUACUGAAAUAGUUUACCAGGUCUUAAGCAUAUAAGCCCCAAGAACUAUUAUGAAUGAAAUGAGCUAUCAAAAGAGUAAUAUAUCGUUAGACCCAACUAGCAGUUGGCGCCAAUCAGAGUCUGGCUAUGGUGGUGUAGGUGACUAGACACAUCAUAGAAACUGGUCGUCUGGAAUAAAAAGUUCGGGUUCUACUGAAAACAGGGAAGCUAAGCGUAGUGAAAAAGAAAUGACGCUUUUACCACGAAGUAUCAUUAUUGUAAGAUUUAAGACCAGUUCAGUAAAUAUGAAUGUAUUCCAAAUAUAUGCUCCAACAAGUGAACAGAAGAACAAAUUGAUGCGUUUUAUAAUAAAUUAGAAGAGACUUUCGAAAAACUACCAAAAAGAGAAAUCACGAUAGGCCUGGGUGAUUUCAAUGCUAAGAUUGCUUCUACUAAAAAAGAUACUAAUAUGCGAGGAAUUGUCGGUCUCUAUGGCCUCAGAGAAAGAAAGGCUAGGGGAGAGCGUCUCCUGCAUUUCUGCACUGGAAACUAGAAAUACUAAGUCCAAUUCUACUCAAUAUACAUAGUGAAUUGGCAUAUUAUGCGAAGGAAGAUUUUUAAUAUGAGUAAUGCAGAUGAUACAACCAUGUUUGCUAAAUCUAAAGAAAAAUUAUAUAUACUUUUAGAUAAAAUAGAAAACAUCAGCAUAGACGCACGUCUCAAAAUCAACAGAACAAUGACCAGGAUUAUGGUAAUAGAUAGAGCCAACAACCAAAACCAACUAACGGAAAUAAAUAAUAUUGCCGUUAUAAAUCACGUUGUGUACAUGCGAUCUACGAUAACCAAAACUUGCAGAUGCAGAGCAAAUUAAGCGUAUACGAACUAUUGCAAAAAAUGCAAUGGCUAACCUGACUAAAACCUGCCUAACGAUCAAAAUGGAAAUAAUCAGAUGCCUAAUCUCCCUAUUCUUCUAAGACUCAGAAUGCAAAUAACAUAGCAAAUAAUAUGCUAUUUUGGGCAUAUCUAUUAAAGAAACAGUCUUGAUAAGCUAUAGAAACGACCUAAACAAGAUUCAUCGACCACAAUAAUUGGCGCUCUGCAUUGGCAAGACUAAUUUAUGAUAUCAUGAUGCCUGUGUCAGGUUAGUGACCAAAAAGAAGAAGAAGAACCAUACAAGAGCGUCCUUACCCGAAAAAAGAGUAAUACACACUUAAUAGCUGAAAUGGGAGUGUAACCAUGUAUUUGAUGGAUCUGAACAAUAUUAUAAUACUGAAUACGCAUAGGAUAAGAAAAAACAUUGACAUAUUUGUUCUAAGUAACUCUUUAGCAUUCGUUUAAAAUUGGCAUUACUUUAAACUUAAAAAACGCUUUUAACAAUUAACUCAUAAAGUUUAAGAGGUUGUAGUAGUCUUACUCGACGAGGGAAAUCUAAAUCAUGAGUCAUGUAUUCGAAUUCUUAUUAUAUUUCAAAGAGCUUCUAAGAUAAUGUUCUCUUGAAAAAAGAGUAUCAACUUUGUAAUAUAUCUUACUCCAAGUUUAAUAUAUCUGCACACAACCAA